CCAUUUUGAUAGAGAAGUUGAUAUCAAGUUAUACUGGCAUCUUGUAUUGGUUAUUGUUUAAUACAAUGUUGUUUGUAAAUAUAUUGAUUUGCUUGGCAAUUGUAUUUAUAAGUUACUUUUUUUGGAAGUUCUGCCAAAAAGUGUUUUUUAUUAGAAAAUUAGAUGGUAUACCGGGACCAAAAACAUUGCCAUUUAUUGGUAGUUUCUAUCAUUUUCUGACAAGUUAUGAAGAUUUUGGAAAAAAUGCAUUAAAGGUUCUGCAAGAUUAUCCAUCCUUUUGUCAAGUUUGGUUAUUCAGCAAGUUAUUAAUUGUAAUAUCCGAAAUAGAUACAGCAAAAAUUGUCUUAUACAGCAAAGAUUGUUUAGAUAAAUCUACGCUCUAUAAAUUUAUUCCUCCAUUUUAUGGAAUGGGAUUAUUCACUGCUCCUGCAUCCUUAUGGACUCGAAUAAGAAUAAUGGCUGCACCAACAUUUAGUUCACCCAUGCUGCAAGGUUUCUUUAAUACAUUUAUUGAACAAUCAGUAACACUUACAGAUGAAUUAAAAAACGUUGGGUUACAUGGAAAUGAAAUUAUCUAUCGAGAUUAUAUAGCAAAUUGUGUUUUAAGAAUUGCAUGUGGUAAGAUAAUAUAAUUUAAUAAAUUUAUAAAUUAUUAAUAAUUAUGAAUAUUUUAAGAUGUAUCAAACGCAAAAAUUCCAAAGGAUUAGAAGAUAUUGA